AUGCUUAUUCAUUUAUUCAUUAAAUGGUUUUUCAUUUUCAUCAUAUGUCGUAUUGUCAAUUCUACAUCAUUCUGUGGUUCACCUCCUUUAGUGAAAUUGGAUCAUACUGUCACUGUACAUUCGGAUGAUGUCGAGAGACGGAAUACAGCGCCAAAACGUUUGAAGUUUUAUACGCAUUUUACUCAGAAUUUCUACACAAUGAAAGAUCAUGCUAAACUCUCAAUAUAUUUACGAGCAGCAAUAACGUAUUGGGAAGAAACAUUGACAGUCAAGAAACCUGGAAGUGGAAAACAACUAGCAAAAAGGUAUUGUGAAAGUGGAUACUAUUACACAGCUAUUGGAAAUAAUUCCAUAUUUUGUCGUCAGUCGAUGUGCAAACGCGAUGUUAUGUGCGGACGGGUGAAAAUUCCAGAUCAGUAUGUAGGGGAAUGUUAUCAGGAAUAUUAUAACCGAUUACACAGAACUUACAAUAAUGGAAGUGGAAUACCAUCUGCCGGUUACAUCCUACUUGUUGAUGCUAUUAAUACACAUACCUGUUCUGGUAGUACAGCAGCAUUUGCAUCAUCAUGUUUAAUGGAUGAAGAAACAGAUAGGCCAAUUCUUGGAUUUGUAAAUGUGUGCCCAGGAAAUAUGGGAGUCCAUUAUCCUGAAGAUAGAAAUUCACUUGGAAUUUUCUUGCAUGAAAUCGGUCAUGCACUUGGAUUUUCAUCAUCCAGCUUCCCUUUUAUGCGCUUUCCAAAUGGGACAGCUCGAACUCCCAGGGACGAUAAACGUAAGCCAAAAUACAAAGAUCAAUAUGGAAAUUAUGUUCCGAG